CACACACAGUGCCAAAAUGCCUACCUUCUGCCUCGAGACUCUCUGCAUCAACGUAUGUACAUGCGUUUGCGUACCCCUCCCCCUAACCCCCCUCCUCCUCCCGCAUGCUAUGCUCCAGCCGCCCCCGUCCUCUCAAUCUCCUUGUUUAUCUGUGCUUCAGCAGCCAUGUACGGAACCAAUCUGCUCCCGGUCAUGAAAAUCGAUUUGUCCCUUCGGAGAGCUGGUUGCUGGCAAGGGGACGUAGAGGACGCGGGUCGGGUCGACUGCUUCCCGCGUCACCGAGCUCUCUUUGCUGUUAUUUACGGCGCCAUCUCCAAGGCAGUCGACAGUUUUCCUCAGUUUCAGCAUUUGUCUCCUUUCAAUGCUCAUCUCGUUCUCUGUCUCUCGUUCUUUUCUCUUUUUAUACCUUUCUCCUAACCCUGAUUCAACUCACCCCUCUACUCCCUCAAACAUUCAAUCCAGCCAUCAACAAGACAUCCAAGUUGGCACCACCACCUACCCUUUUCUCUCUCCCCAUUUUACAAUCUGUGAUUUCCCCAUUUCGAGGAAUCGGGUCGUGGCAACCAGAGUUGGAUCUCUCGAGUUAUUACCCCGAGCUACGCCCCCUCCCCUUCCCCCUCUCCCUCCGUCUUUCUCUUCUUCAUGACAUGCACUUUUUGACUCCGCAAGCUCGCUGAGGAAACCAGAUCCAUGCUAUAGCCGGACAACGCUCAACGCAUGCGCGCUAUUUGACCUUAAAGAAGGAACACAACAGCUAGCAAGAGGGAUUUCCCGAGGAUUCUACGCAGCAACGGCGGGCUUAGUGAACGUAACCAAAGUCGCCCAAGUCAGUUGCCAUCAAUACAGCGGCGUUUCCGAACUAGACAGAGACGUGC